UAAGAGGAGAUUUGUCCAGUCUAAAAUGGAGAGAAGGACCUCUCCAUCACCACAUGAAAGAACAAACUGAAGAGGAAUUGAUCACUGUAUAUUAUAGCGCUCUAAACUUUAGAGAUAUUAUGACCGCUACGGGAAAAAUAAAUGUAGAUGUCAUAACCCAGGACCGUCUGCAGCAGGAGUGCGUUCAAGGAUUCGAAUUUUCAGGAAGAGACAGUAGAGGAAGGCGUUACAUGGGCAUGGUAAGCUGCGGGGCUCUCUCUACACUAGUAUUAGCCGAUGUCCACAUGAAGUUUCCUAUUCCUGACAGCUGGAGUUUGCAAGAAGCAGCUACAGUUCCUGUGGUUUACGCUACUGUCAUUUAUUCUUUAAUAAUUGUAAGACAAAUGGCAAGAGGUGAAAGCAUCCUAAUACAUUCGGGCACUGGUGGAAUCGGGCAAGCGGCUAUAAGACUGGCUUUGUACUAUGGAUGCACAGUAUUCACGACAGUCGGUACAAAGGAAAAACGUGAUUUUCUGAAGAAUACUUUUCCACAACUUAAAGAUAAACAUAUCGGCAAUUCUCAUGACGAAUCCUUUGAGCAGUUGGUUCUCGUCGAAACUAAAGGCCGAGGUGUCGAUAUGGUGCUGAAUUCUUUGGCUGAAGAAAAACUGGUGGCGUCCGUUAGAUGCCUUGCAAAAAGCGGCAGAUUCAUUGAAAUCGGAAAAUUCGAUUUAGCCAAUAAUCAUCAUCUUAGCUUACUCCUUUUCCAAAAAUGCAUCAGCUUCCAGGGUGUCAUGUUGGACAAAUUGUUCAGUGAAUCACCCAGGGUUAAGCAAGAAUUAUUCAGAAUAAUGACGGACUUGAUCAAGCGUGGAGCUAUUACACCUUUAAACGGAACAGUGUUCAAUUACAGUGAAGUGGAGCAGGCUUUCAGGUUCAUGGCUACAGGAAGGCACAUGGGAAAAAUUCUGGUCCAAAUUCGAGAGCCUGAAAAGGAACUUAUCGUGCCCCCUUCUCCUUCAAAAUUCCGCGGAAUCUCAAGAUAUUUUUGUAAUUCUGAGAAAGUUUACGUAAUUGCUGGUGGAUUGGGAGGUUUUGGAUUGGAAUUGGCCGACUGGUUGAUCCUUAGAGGAGCCAAAAGAAUCGUGUUAACGUCAAGGAAAGGAAUUACCAAUGGAUAUCAGGAGUAUAGAUUACGAAUUUGGAAAACGUAUGGCGUUAUAGUGAAAAUAUCAACAGCUCCUAUAACAACAAAAGAAGGGUGCAAACAGCUCAUAGAAGAAUCAUUAGAGCUGGGUAGGAUAGACGCUGUUUUUAAUUUAGCUGUGGUUUUGGCCGACGGAGUUUUCGAAAACCAAACCCCUGAAAAUUUCGUCGUUUCUUUUGGGCCCAAAGCAUAUGCUACUCACUAUCUUGAUGAGUUUACGAGAAAGAUGUGCCCAGACUUAAGCCAAUUUGUAGUAUUUUCAUCUGUAUCGUGUGGGCGAGGAAACGGCGGUCAAACUAACUACGGAAUGUCCAAUUCCGCGAUGGAAAGAAUAUGUGAACAAAGGAGACAUGCAGGUUUUCCCGCUAUGGCCAUCGAAUGGGGAGCAGUUGGAGAGGUGGGAUUGGUUGCUGAAAUGAUGGAAAAUGACAUGGAAAUUGAGAUAGGCGGUACGUUACAGCAGAGGAUAUCCAAUUGUCUCCAAGUGUUGGAUACUUUAUUGAAACAGAAAGAUGCCGUUAUCGUGUCCAGUAUGGUGGUGGCCGAAAAAAAAUUAUUAAGUUCUGCAGACAAUGUCGUCGAUGCUGUUCUUAAUGUAUUAGGUAUAACUGAUUCCAAAUCAGUAAGCUUGCAUUCAACUUUGGCCGAAUUGGGUAUGGAUUCAAUGACAGCUGUUGAAAUUAAACAAACUUUAGAGAGAGAUUUUGAGAUGUUCCUUACUACGAGAGAUAUUAGAAGUAUAACGCUAUCGAAAUUGAGAAGUAUCCAAGAUGAAAAAGUAGUAAAAGAUACCAAAGAAACCGACGGUUAUGUUGACAUUGACAUGUUAUUUAGACUGCUUGGUGAUACAACUUGUAAUCCUUUGCCUUAUCUAGAGUUGGAAUCGAAAAUUCCACAAAAUUCGGAGGGACCCACGAUACUACUGUUUCCAGGAAUUGAAGGAGGGCCCAGCGUAUUUCAAAGUUUCACAAAAUACCUUAAUGCCCACACCGUUGGUCUAAAUUUAAACUUAGAAGUCAGUUGCAAAAGUAUUGUCGAAAUGGCGCAAUCCCUGGUACCUACUGUUCAGCGGUAUUUUCCUGAGAAAACAUUUAGUUUGGUGGGCUAUUCAUUUGGAACUAUAAUGGCAAUAGAAGUGGCCAAUAUUUUGGAAUCUCUAGGAUACAAUGGCACGAUAAUAUGUAUUGAUGGAUCGCCGUUGUUCAUGAAAGAGAUGUUAACUGGUUUUGGCAUAGAAAUCGAGAAGAACUAUGAAACGACAAUGUUAUGUCAUAUGCUUUCCUAUUUCUUCCCAUUGGAAGUAAUUGAGAAACAUAAGGAGACCAUUUUGAAAUGUGCAAAUUGGAAUGAAAGGCUGAACUUCACCUUAGAAUUAAUCAAACAGAAAACCGUUCAUGAUGUGGACUAUCAAAGAAUAGUUGCCAAUGGAAUUUACGAGAGAUCAAAAGCCUUGAUGACCUACACUCCUUAUACCAAACUAAAAGCAGACAUAGCUCUAGUCAAGCCAAGUCAAGUUAGUUCAGGGAGUCUUCCUGAAGAUUAUGGAUUAUCAACAUAUUUUGAAAAACCUGUUAAAAUCCAUACAUUUGAGGGAAACCACAUCACCAUUUUGGAGAAUGAAGCAACGGCAGAAGUGAUAAAUUCGUUUCUUAAGAAAGAUGCUGGCAACGCAUGAUGUUUGUUAAUGAUGUGAAUAAAAUUCUUAAAUAUAC